AUGGGAUCAGCACUGCUUAAGGACCAGCACUCAUAUGGCACAAUAAAUAUAGAAGCUUUCAGUUUACAUCAAGGUCUAGCAUUCUCUCAGAUUCCGAUGCUGUUCAUCUGCCAGUGUGCAGAUCACAAUUCAUAUCACAGAACGGACGACUCCUCGGAGCUCCAGAGUCUCUACAAGCAGCCCUGGGCCAUCCACACGCUAGCCAUCCUGAAUACCUACUAUAUGGCAGUAGCAAUCUAUGGCGGUCUUGUCGGCAAUGUUCUCUCUUUUCUCACAUUCAGGAACUCCUGCCUCAGGUCGAAAACGAGCUCUUACUACAUGAGUGCUCUAGCUGCGUCAGAUUUCGGUUUCCUGUUCUUCAUAUCGUUCGAAUGGCUGACCGCAAUGGGCGUGAAUUUGACCGCCAUCCCCGGAAUGUGUCAAAUAACGGUGUUCUUAACUGAGGGCUUCGCGACUCUAUCAGUAUGGCUAACAGUGAGCUUCACUGCUGAAAGGUAUCUCGCCGUAUGCUACCCACUAUGGGGACACAUCCACAUGAGCACUAGGAGACGGGCGAGAUCAAUUGUCAGCACACUGAUGGUGCUCAGCUUCAUUCUCAAUAGUCAUUUUAUGUUCGACGUGACUGCGAGGCCGAUUUCCCGGGCCCAGCUUUACAUCUGUACUUCGGACGAUUCAUUGAAAAAAUUUCUAUACUUCAUAAACAUAACGGACACUGUGCUCACCUUCUGCUUGCCUGCCCUGCUGAUUUCAUUCAUGAAUCUGAUGAUCGCGAGGGCGAUCUUUGUCUCCCACACCAUGUGGAAGCAGCAGGGCGCGGUCCUGAAGACGAGGGAAUCUACAGACUCCUUGACAGGAGCGUCGAGAGAGGGUAAUCUUUCGAAAGGUCUUUCUUUCCGAGAUAAAGACAUACAAUGCUUGCAUGGUCCGUCCCCGAAUGAUGCGAGGCAGCAGCUGGAGAACCCGAUUCAAUUGUCGGUCACCCGGACCCUCUUGUUGGUGUCGACAGUGUUCUUGAUACUGAAUUCCCCUUUCUAUCUGUCGCGUCUAUAUUUGCAUUUUUAUAACGACAAGGGAUUGGUUCGGCGAUCGGUGUUCGUCAUGCAGCGAUACUUCAUGCUCCUGUACUACACUCAUUUUUCCAUAAAUUUCAUCCUCUACAACCUGUCUUCCGCCAUGUUCCGCUCGAAUCUUCUAGACUAUCUUCGUGCGCGAUGGGCCGAGCUCAAGCGGAAGUUCUCAACCUUGCCUCGCAUCAGCAAUAUAUAUGGUAGCUCAACUGUUCUGAGCGCUGAGCUUGUCCAAGGUGAUCACUCCAUGACUGUCACAGAGAUGGUUCGCCACCUUGUGUCCGAUUUUUGCGGAUAG